AACUCUCCCACUGUUACACAACAAACCAUCGCCAACGUGGCGCUCUCAGGCGACGUGGCGGCAGUCGUAACUACCAGUCUCGCCACCAGGCGAGCAGUCGCCGCCACCGUUGACGUGGAUCGUUACUGCUCGCUCGCUUUUGAGGUUAUGUCAGUCAGUUUUCAGUGUUACUCGUGAUCGCCACGAUGAGUAGAGAAGUGGACCUGUUGCGGACAGACCAGGUGAUAAUCGUGAUCAAGAAGUACAGGGUGAUAUGGGACAACAGUCACGAAGAGUACCUCAACAAGGUCGAGAGGGCGAAAGCUUGGUCUUCGGCCAUCUCAGAUCUGUUCCCAGACUUCGAGGAGAGGCCGCCAGAGCAGAAGCUAGAAUUAGAACUUGCGAUGAAGAAACGAUGGAAGAGUAUACGGACCUGUUACGGCCGAGAGCUCUUGAAGCUGAAGAACCAGAAAGGACCUGAAGCCACCGGGCGUAGACAGUACCUGCACUUCGACCAGCUGCGGUUCUUGGACGGUGUGAUAAACAACAAGAGUGUCUCCACAGUUGCGGAGGCAGACGGCGAACAGCAGGAGAGAAAACCCACGAACACACCGAAACAGAGGAAAAGAAACAAAGAAGAAAGCGAAGACAAUGUUACCAAACAACCUAAAAAGAAAAUGGCGUUAGAUAAAACCAAAAAUGAAAAUUGCGUCCAAAAGAGGAUUUUUAUAAAUGUAAAUGAAAAUAGAGUUACAGAACUGGAUAAAGAAUCGGACAAGAUGUUUUUGUUGUCUCUGGUGUCAGAUUUGCACAGAGUCCCCCGUGAUAGAAAGCUGCAGCUGAAGGCGGAGAUUCUGCUUGCUAUUGCUAAGGCUCAAGCUGAGCCGUCGAGUUGUCCUUCAAACUUCGUGGAAAUAUGGCAGAACCAAGCGAACACUCCAGUGGACACUCUGCCAGCAUUCAGUAGUGAACGAGUCGACCUCCAAAGUGAUGAGCGAGACCAUCUUGAAGAUCCCCGAUCUCAUGAGCAACCCUCAUUUAUUAAAGUAGAAGAAUGCUCUUUGGGAGAAGAAAUAGAAGCCGAUAUAUUUGAUUCUGAAGAGAGCUCGAUGUCGGCUGCCGAAGGAGUCGGUCAGACUUUACGGGAUUUUUUUAAGAUCUGAAAGAAAGAAAGCUUUUCUAGAGCUACGUGUAAUAUUUUUGUAAAUGACGGACUUUAAAUUAAUUAAAUUAUAUGUCGUGUAAUUUGUAAAUUUGAACUGUUUCUGGUAAGAAUCCUCUUCCGUAUAAUUAAAUUGAAACUAUAGUGUUUCA